AUGGAGAUGAGGAAGGAAGUGGUGGUUUUGGCUGCAUUGACGACGGUUUCCACGGUUGUAGCGGCAACACUCCUAGUGAGGAGCUGGAAGCGACGGAGCGAACGGCGGUGGAUCCAUGCACACCGAAUUCUCCGGAAAUUCGCCAGGGACUGCGCCACACCCGUCCACAAACUUCGCAAUAUCGCCGACGACAUCGUUUCUGACAUGCGGGACGCCCUCUCUUCCAGUCAAAAAUGCAGUAGCCUCCAAAUGCUUCCCUGCGACGUCGCUUCACUUCCCACUGGGGAGGAGCCAGGAUUACAUUAUGGGAUAAAUCUUCGUGGAGACAAUUUCUUAGUUCUGCGAGCCAGGCUUGGAGGGAAGAGAGAACCAGUUACAGAAUUGUCCAAACAGGAAAUUGUAAUUCCUCCAGAAGUGAUCAAGGGCACUUACAAGGAUUUAUUUGAUUUGAUUGCUUUGGAGCUAUCGGAAUUUAUUUCAAUGCAUGGUGACAGCACGAAAGAUAUGCAGGGACAGAGAAAACUUGGAUUCACCAUAUCACAGCCGCUUCCUGUGGUGGAAGCUACAGCCUCCAUGGACGCAGCCAUUAUCAAUUUGAAGGGUUCAACAAUUGAAGACACAGAGAAGGAUGUGUAUGUAAAUGAAAUCAAUAAUUGUUUGGAAAAGCAUGGUGUGGAUUUGCGAGUGCUUGGAUUGGUUGAUGACACGGUUGGAGUUUUGGCUGGAGGAAGAUACUACAGUAGAGAAAGCGUGGCCGCUGUCACUCUAGGAAUGGGCACAAAUGUUGUAUAUGUAGAUUCAGCUCAAGCAGUAGAAAAAUGGCCUGGCAAGCUUCCACAAUCCAGCGAAUUAGUUAUUGAUAUGCAAUGGGGAAACUUCUAUUCCAGUCAUCUUCCAAUAACAGAGUUCGAUGUUUCUUUAGACACUGAAAGUACAAAUCCUGGUUACAGGAGAUUUGAGAAGCUGAUUUCAGGUGUGUAUUUAGGAGAGAUUGUUAGAAGAGUCUUGCUUAAGAUAGCUCAAGAAACAGGUUUAUAUGGAGACUCUGUGCCACCUAAACUUGCAACUCCAUACGUGUUAAGGUCACGAGAUAUGGCCGAAAUGCAUCAGGACAUGUCAGAGGACUAUGAAGUAAUCAAUGCAAAACUAAAAGAGAUUUUUGAGAUUGCAGAUUCCACUCAAAUGUCAAGGGAAAUUGUUGCAAACAUCUGUGACAUUGUUGCACAGCGCGCAGCUCGUCUGAUUGGUGCUGGAAUUAUAGCGAUCAUAAACAAGCUUGAAAGACUCACAAACAGAAUAAGUAUAAUCACAGUAGACGGUGGAAUAUAUGACAACUAUCGCGUCUUCAGAAGCUAUCUCAACAGCAGCGUGUGGGAGAUGCUGGGGAACGAGCUCUCAGACAACGUCAUACUAGAACACUCUCAUGGCGGUUCAGGUGCUGGUUCCAUCUUUCUAGCUGCUUUGCAUUCCCAACCCUCAGAUUAA